AUGACUAAUAUUACUAACGUUGCUCUAAAUUGGAGUCUUAAUGUAACUUUCUUAAUAUAUUUUCUAAAUCUUUUUUUAUUGUGCUAUAGUAUAAGAGACAGAUAUACGUCGUAUGUGGAUAAAUACAAGACAACCGUUCCACGUAAAGUUAAUGAAGAUGGAGUAUUCCUGUCUCAUUAUAUUCCACAUUUCCACUCAGCUGGAAGGAAGAAAAGAGAUACCGAAAGCGAAAAGGUGCACUACAUCGUCCCCCUUGAUGGGAUGGACCACCACGUCACUUUGUGGCCAAGUAGUGAGUUCCUGUCCCCUGGAAUGGUGGUUGAAACCCACUACAUGAGGGACAAUAAAAGCAAGAUAGCUGUGAGGCAGGUUAGGAACACUCAAUGCCAUUACAACGGUUUCGUCAAAGGAAUAGAUAAGUCCAGAGCCGCUCUGUCAACAUGUUAUGGUUUAGCUGGCAACAUAGUGGUACCCGGUGAAGAAUAUUUAAUAGAACCUUCUCUGGACGAAAACGAAAGCAGCGAAUAUCACGUACAUUAUAUUUACAAAAGGAGUGACAUUAAAACAACUGCAAAUGUUACAAAUUGUGGGACUAAGGGAAAACUUGAAGAGGCUCUUAAAGAAAGGCUGGAAUACGAAUUAAAAUACGGUCGUAAGAUUGAAGGGUCGAUCAAAAAUUCAAUAAACAAUAUGAUACAUAUCGAUACGACCGAUGGAAGACCGAAAAGAGAUAAACCUGAGGAUAAGGAUAAGGAGGAAAACGAGGAUGAUGUCUGCCCGCCGAGUGAUGAAAAACGUGGCUCACCAGCAGCUCGCUUCAUGGAGGUACUCUUCGUAAUCGACCACAGGCUCGAGAAGUUCUUCGACCAUGAUUUGGAAACUUUCCUCUUUACCAUAUUUAAUAUGGUUGUCGUAAAGUUUCAUGACCGUUCCAUAGGAACACCAAUUCAUUUAAAGAUGGUGAGACUAAUAUAUUUGUCCUACACUUUAGCAAGGUUAGAUGUGGCUAGAUAUUCUCCUUCGGUACUUCUUGGUAACUUCUGUGAUUGGCAACUAGAAAUGAAUCCUUACUUGGAAAGUCAUCCAAAUCAUCAUGACUUUGCUGUUUUUAUUACCAGAUUUUCUCCCUGCCAAGAAAAAAUUUUAGGUGUAGCUAACAUGGCAAGCCUUUGUCGUAUGGAUAAAACAUGUGCUGUUGUGAGUGAAGAAGGAUUACUAUUAGCAAAUAUAAUCACUCAUCAAAUAGGUCAUAGUUUGGGAGCUGACCAUGAUGAUGGUGAAAUUGGUGGUUGUGCAGGAGAAGAACCUGAUGGCACAAGGUACCAUAUGAAUCCUGUCAUGUCUCUUUCAUCCUCUGAGUGGUCCAUUUGCAGUCAGCAUUGUGUGAGACAAUUCCUAUACACGAGAAUAGGAUGGUGUUUAUCAGACCCACCUGAUGAGCACGAUUUCAAAUUUCCAGACAUCUUGCCAGGACAAGUAUAUGAUGCAAUUCAUCAAUGUUCAAUAAACUUCAGGAUGAGAACACUAGCAUGUAGAACUGGUGAAUUUUGUUCCGAACUUUUUUGCCAAAUUACGCCAAAAAAAUGUGCUUCAACUGGAGAUCCACCAGCUCCUGGAACUCCUUGUGCAAAGGAUAUGUGGUGCUUUAACAAGCAGUGCGUACACAGAGGUAUGCGACCAGGCGCUAUCAAUGGUGAAUGGGGCCCUUGGACACCUUGGAGUACUUGCACUAGAUCGUGUGGCGGUGGAAUCCAGUCUCGCUACAGAGCCUGUGACUCGCCUAUCCCCUAUCGCGGAGGAAGUGACUGUGUUGGAGAAUGGGUGUCUUAUAGAAUGUGUAACAACAGAAUGUGCAGUGGUUAUGCUACUAGUUUUCGUCAAGUGCAAUGUAAAAUGACAGAUAAAAGGUCGUAUAGAGGCCAUUAUUACAGUUGGGAUAACUUCAAUUCUUUUUUUGAAGAAAUGAAAUGUUCGCUAGUCUGUAUAAAUGAACUAAAGCAAGUUAGCAUCCGUUCACCAGUUGUCAUUGAUGGUACACCAUGCACUCCGGGUACUAACAAUGUUUGUAUUCAGGGAAAUUGCCGGAGAGUAGGUUGUGAUUUUGUCAUAGAUUCAGAGAGUAAAGAAGAUGGUUGCGGUAAAUGCCAUGGAAAUGGCACUGAAUGUAAAAUUGUUGAAGGAAUGUUUACUGAACCAAAUGUAGCAGGUAUUUUUCCCCUUCUUAAACUACCAGCUGGAGCAAGUGUGAUAUUUAUCCGGGAACUGGAUCCUUCCACCUGUUAUUUCAUCAUAGGAAGUUCAGUUAAUUCUACAUUCUUUUUGAAUAAUCCUUUGGGUAAUGAUCAACUUCCAGGCCAAUUUGACUGUGGAGGUGCAAGUGGAGUGUAUCAGAACAAAAUGAAUAUUGAAAGGGUAUUUGUCAAAAGUGCUGUACAAAUUCCAAUAACUAUAAGUUUGAAAUGCUAUGAUGAAAUCAAUAUGGGUAUACACUAUCAGUAUGCACUACCUGAAACCUCAAUACUUCAUACGCCUAUUUAUAAAUGGAAUUUUUUAUUUUGGGAUGAAUGUUCAACAAUGUGUGGAGGCGGAUCUCAGCGUGCUCGACCAAGUUGCAUUGAAACGAGGACUGGAGAAGUUGACGAUAAAUAUUGUUAUGAUAAAGUAAAGCCAGAAGAUAUAAUCAGAACAUGUAAUACACGUCCUUGCGUGGCAAAAUGGUGGGUUGGUCCGUGGUCUAGCUGUGAAUGUAAAGAGGGUGAGGGAAUCAUGACCCGCCUUGUUCUCUGUAUGAAGAUUCCAGCAGAAGAUAAUAAAUUGAGUAAGGUUGUAAGAGACAAGGAAUGCUGUGCUGAACCAAAACCAAGGAAUCAGAGACCUUGUAGGGAAUUGAAGUCAAGAAAGAAAAGAGAAAAGCCUAAGCUGGGGAAUAGACAUUUUAAGAUGGAUUAUUUUGAUCAAGACCUUGGACGUCAUGAAAGAGGAAAGCAUUGGAAACAAGAUUAUUUCGAUUUUGAUUAUGGGGAUCACUUCAAUCCUAGAUUUAAGAAACCCGCCCUAACUUUUAAUGAUAAUGGAGCGAAUUCAUCUCUUCCCUUGAGGCACCCAAAAAAGAAAAAAAUUAGAAGAAAAAUGAGGAGGAAAAUGCAAAAUAAGACAUUUCGAAUUAUUGAUGAAAUGUCUGAGACAGAGUCUUUUCCUACAAAAUUUAAAAUUCAAAGGACCGAAAGUAGUGACCUACUAAGAUUUACCCUACCAUCAUCAAUUAUGGAAAUAGAAAAAAAAGAUAGGAAGAAAGAUGAUGAAAAAUUCUCAUCAAAAGGAACAACAGAAGACUUAUGUUCAGUUCCUACCACUCCUUUGUGCGAUUUUUCAGUUCCAACUACGGGUCGUGACCUGACUACACUUCAAGUAAAGAAUGAAUCACAACAAAUUCUUCCAGAUGGUGACAUAUUUUUGGAAAAUGUAUUUAUAGAACAUGAAUCAACUACCUGUAGUGAUGAGAAGCAGGAGGUAGUAGAACCAGCUGAUCUUGGUCCAAGAUUGGAUACUGGCAACAGUACGGCAUACAAAUUGAUAGUAAUACCAAUAAUUCCCAGUACUAACUCAUUUCCACUAACUGAUUAUGAGCUUCAACUUCUUGGUGAUAGUGGAUAUUGGCCAGUUGCUACAAGACAAGAGAAAAUAUUAAUAUUUGGAGAUAAAGUGUUUAAGAUUAUAAGUGAAGCAAGUAGAAGGCGAACGAAACCUCCAGUUAUUGAGCAAGAAGACGUCUAA